AUGUCAGUUUUGCGUAGAACCUACCACGACGGUGCGAUCCACUUCCAGAAGGACAGCGAUGAGAAGACAGACGGGAUCUUGACGGUCUCCAAGGAGAACUUGAAGCGGUUGAAGUACCCGGAGUGGGCGCCUACGUGGGACCCGAAGGACGAUCACGCUUUCCAGAACCCCAAGCCUUUCAAGCAUGUCGACCGAGGGUUUGCGGGCGAUGCGGCAUUCAAGUCGUUGAGAGACGUCGAGGGCGUAAAGUUCAGACAGAUCAGCCCCAAGCUGGGACUAGAGGUCGAGGGGAUACAGUUGAGCUCUUUGACAGACCAGCAGAAGAACGACAUUGCGCUUUUGGUGGAGGAGAAGGGUGUGGUGGCGUUCAAGAAACAGGAUUUCAAGAACCAGUCCUUCGAGGAGAUCAAGAACUGGGGCCGGUACUUCGGUCCUCUCCACGUGCAUCCGACGUCGGGUGCUCCGCUAAACCACCCGGAGUUCCACAUGACCUUCAGAAGGGGCAGCAAGAAGGAGCAGGAAAAAUUCUUUGCGGACCGGUUGAACAACGUCUCGUGGCACUCAGACGUCACCUACGAGAACCAGCCGCCGGGAAUCACGCUCUUUGCCAUGUUGCAAAGCGGAGAGUGUGGCGGAGACACCCAGUUCUUGGACAUGUUUGAGAUCUACGACCGGUUGUCUCCGUUGAUGAAGGAGAAGCUUGAUGGCUUGAAGGCCGUCCACACGUCAAAAGAGCAGGUCAGUGCUGCCAAGCAGGAGGGCGGUAUUGAGAGGAAGGACGUGAUCGACUCGAUUCACCCCGUGGUCAGAUACCACCCUGUCCUCAAGAGAAAGAGUCUCUUUGUGCAUCGGGGCUUCACGAGAAAGAUCUUGGGCUUGAAGACGGAGGAGAGUGACAACCUUCUCCUUUUCCUCUUCAACCACACCGCUGCCUGUUUAGACGCCCACGUCAGAAUGCAAUACGAAGAGGAUACAGUUGUGGUCUGGGACAACCGCAGAACCCUACACACGAGAACGAUGGACUGGGACUCGGAAGACAUUCGACAUGCAUUUAGAGUGACUUCCAUUGGAGAGAGACCUGUGGGCAGCCAGGAGGAGUUUGAGAGCUGGACCCCAGAGCUCGAAGAGGCGAACAUCAAGCUAACGGACCAUUAUAUCAACCUGAGCGCUGAGGAGUAUUUUAACGAGGUCAUUGCUAAGGAGCGCAAAUGA